AUGCCUGGUUACUUUGGACUAGUGCCUACCUGGUCACCAACUUUUCUACCAUAUCCGGCUGGUAACCAAUAUCCAAUCAACAUACAGAAUGCUGGUUACUCAUUUCAACAUAUCAUGGAACCUUUGACUCCUAUCAGCAAUACAAGCUCUGCCACGAGCAAAAUAGUUGGUUCAAAGCUCGAUAAUAGAGCUGAUGAAUCUAAUAAUGGCAGUGCCGAGAAAUCUCAAACUGUCCAAGUGGUUGAUGAUGAUACGAUUGAGGAGCCAAGAUCGGGAAUGGAGUUUAAUUCCCUUGAAGAGCUAUUAAGUUAUUAUAAGGAAUAUGGUAAAAAAUGUGGGUUUGGACUGAUGACAAAACGGACUAAGAGGGAAGAAGAUCACUCUGUUAGAUACGUCGCUCUUUCUUGUGCCCGUGGUGGGAAGGCCCAGAAUAGGACGUUGAAUAUUGCCAACCUACGUCUGACAGGAAAGACGGAAUGUAAGGCAAAUAUUAAUGCCCUAAGGCAAGAUGGAGUGAUUCGGUUGACGACAGUACAUAAUAUUCAUAACUAUGGCCUCAGUCCAAAGAAAUCCCACUUCUUUCGAUGUAAUAGAGAAGUUAGUGAUGCUGUAAAAAUGGUCCUAAAUACAAAUGAUUUGGCUGGUGGUGCUGGAGUGCUCCGACAGUAUUUUUUACGGAUGCAAUACAAAAAUCCUGUAUUCUUUUAUAUGAUGGAUAUAGAUGAUGAUGGGAGAUUAAAGAACGUCUUUUGGACAGACCCCCUUAGUAGAGCAACGUACCAAUAUUUCGACAAUGUGGUGACAUUCGACACCACAUACCUAACGAAUCGAUAUGGGAUGCCCUUUGCACCAUUUGUUGGUGUAAACCACCAUAGGCAGUCAAUUUUGUUGGGAGCAAGCUUGAUUUCUAGUGAGGAUACCGAGACAUUUGUGUGGUUAUUCAAGACAUGGUUGCAAUGCAUGGAUGGUAUCGCUCCAAAAGCUAUUAUCACUGAUCAAGAUAGAAUAAUGAAAAAUGCAAUCGCAAUUGUCUUUCCAAAUGUCCAGCAUAGAUUUUAUCUUUGGCAUAUACUGAAGAAAGUUCUCGAGAAGUUUGGCUCAUAUGGUUCCUACAAAACUAAGAUGAAAAAUGCAUUGAUGAAAUGUGUAUAUGACAUCCAACAUGCUGAUGAGUUUGAGAAAUGUUGGGAUCAGUUGCUUACUACUUACAACUUGCAUGAGAAUACAUGGUUGCAAAGCCUAUACGUUGAGCGUGAACAUUGGAUACUGACAUAUUUGAAUAAGUGUUUUUGGGCUGGAAUGAGUACAACGCAGGGAUCCGAGAGCAUGAAUGCAUUCUUUGACAGUUAUGUACAUUCUAGGACAAACUUAAAGGAGUUUGUAGACCAAUUUGAUAACGCAUUGAAAAAAAAGAUUAAGAAUGAAAAUCUCAAGGACUUUCAGUCAUUUAAUGUCACAAUCCUCUGCAUAUCUAAAUCUCCGAUUGAAAAGAGGUUCUAA